AUGAUUGAUAGCUUUGAAAGUCCUUCUAGAGAGAAUGGGUUAAAUGCCUCAGGUUCCUACUGCCGGAAUUCAAAGAUACAAGAUACAAGUCGUUUUCAAGAACUUCAAAAUAAAGUUCGGGAGGGAAGUGUUGAAUCCAAGCAAUACUACGAUAUUCGCAUUGACUUUGCUAAAAAGAUUGAUACGUCUGUUUCUUUUGUAUCGACAACUUCCAAACGGCUGAAAAUUGGUCGAACUCUAUUCUUCGAUGAUUCGGAUGAAAGCGAGGAGAUGGCAGUUGAGGAGGAACAGGUUCAAGUUCAAUCAACUCCUCCAAACAAAUUGACAUCCAAAUCGAAGUUGGAAAAUUUGAACAAGUCCAAUCUUGCUAACAUUGUUUCUUACGAAGUGGAGAGAGCUGUUGAAUUUGGCGAGUAUGGCAUUCGUCCUCCUAGAUCUUCAAAUUUUUUCGCUGAUCCAGAAAACAAACCGAACCCAACUGAAACCGACCCAAUUUAUACUUUGUCAUCUUUUAGUGGUUCAGGCUUUCUUCAAACUUACGCAUCUAUUGAGCAAAUUUUUAAAUCGGAUUCCACCACAAUCUAUCGAGCACGACACCGAUAUGAGAGCUUGUUUUACGCUAUCAAGCGCGUUGGUUACGAUGUGAAGCUUGAUGAAAAAUACCUUCCAAGUAUUAAGAUGGCUUCUAAUGAAUUACAAGUGCUUGAUAUUUUGGAGCAUGAUAAUAUUGUCUUCUUCUAUACUUCCUGGUCUGAAAUGGGUUUCACUUUCUUGAAAUUGGAAUAUUGUGUCGGUGGUAGUCUUGAUGAUUACCUCUUACGCAAAAAUAGGCUGCUUAAACCUUGCACUGCUGCUUCAAUCAUUGAGCAAAUUGGAUGUUCUUUGGAUUAUAUGUUUUCGCAACAUCGAUUUAUUCAUGGAAAUAUUUGCGCAAGGUCGAUUCUUAUUCAAAUCCCUCAUCGAGAUAUUAGAUCUCUUCAAAACUCGGCUAAUCUUCUUAUCGAUGCGGGAACACGAUGCCAUAAUAGACUUGCUCGUGACAUUGUUAAAGAUGUCACAUUUAAGUUAUCAAGCUUCGGAUCGGCUAAAAAGGCUUCUCAAGACAUUCCAGAGUUAGAAGCUCGUAAACCUGAUAUUAUUGGUCUUGCCAAAUUCAUCAUCUCUAAUGCUGAUUUUAGAUCUGGCGGUCUCGUGAAUUUCGUGAGGCCUAAUAAUCUGCCGUUAUUUCAGGUAUUAGACGUCAAACUGAAAGAGCGUGGUUUCACUGCAAACGCUGUUAUGGACUAUUUGCAUCAAUACGCUAGUCAUCCAGAAAAGUUUGUUGAGCCCGAAGCAAUGGAUACAUCGUGA